GUUGUUUCUAAGAUGGCGACGAAAAAAACGCGUCUUAUGUGAAUGCAAAUGCAAUCAUAACAACUUAAAUUUUAUGCUAAUAAAUGUGCGCUAAUUUGAAACAAAACUAUUGAAAAACAGUGCUGAAUAAGUGCAGAAUAUUUUACAUGUGAAAUUUGGUGCGCAAGUUUUGUGAAAAUGGCCACAAAUAUGUAUCGAGUCGGAGACUACGUCUACGUUGAGACAACGCCGAAUAGUCCCUUCCUGAUACGCCGCAUCGAGGAGCUGAAUAAAAACCAAACCGGCAAUGUGGAAGCGAAGGUCAUGUGUUUCUACCGACGUCGUGAUCUGCCCAACCCGCUUGUACAGCUGGCCGAUAAGCAUCAACUGGCCACCGCCGAGGACUCACCGCUGGCAACAAAACUGAAGAAAACCUGGCUUAGAACUCCGGUGGGCGAGGAGCAGGCGGCGCAAGCUGUGCUCGAUCCCUCAAUAGCUGCACUCGAAGAGGAACGCACCAGUCCGACGCAAGCGUCCGCCGGCGCCACCACCGGCAAUUCCAGCAACAAUAACAAUACCAACAAUAAUAAUAAUAAUAACAACAACAACAACAACAGCGCUGCGAGCGGUGCUGCUGUUACUGCUGCUGGUGGCGAUGCAGAGAAGAGCGAAGCGCUAACCACCAAACAGCGAUACCAGAUCAAGCAUCGGGAACUGUUUCUAUCACGACAAGUUGAGUCGAUACCCGCCACACAAAUCCGAGGGAAGUGCUCCGUGACGCUGCUCAACGAAACGGAGUCACUGCAAAGCUAUCUCAAUAAAGAUGACACAUUCUUUUACUGUCUGGUCUUCGAUCCGAAUCAAAAAACGUUGCUUGCCGACAAGGGCGAAAUACGUGUCGGCAGUCGCUAUCAGUGUGAUAUACCCGCCAAGCUAAAAGAUACCGCCACAGAUGAACGUAAGCUGGAGGAGCUGGAGUCGCUGGUAUGGACGCCGGAGCAUAGUUUGACCGAUCGCAAAAUCGAUCAGUUUCUUGUCGUGUCGCGUUCCAUUGGCACCUUUGCCCGCGCCCUCGACUGCAGCAGUUCUGUAAAGCAGCCCUCAUUGCACAUGUCCGCAGCGGCCGCCAGCCGAGACAUAACACUGUUUCACGCCAUGAACAUUCUGCACAAACACGAUUAUUCAAUUGAUGAGGCCAUGUCCUCGCUAGUUCCUUCCACUGGGCCAGUACUCUGUCGCGACGAAAUCGAAGAUUGGAGCGCAUCGGAAGCUAAUCUCUUUGAGGAAGCGCUAGAUAAAUAUGGCAAAGACUUCAAUGACAUACGACAAGAUUUUCUUCCUUGGAAAACGCUUAAGCAGAUCAUUGAAUACUACUAUAUGUGGAAGACCACCGAUCGCUAUGUGCAGCAGAAGCGCGUAAAGGCCGUUGAGGCGGAACUCAAGCUCAAACAAGUCUAUAUUCCGCAAUAUAAUAGCAAUGGCAAAGGUAACGGUGCCAGCGUGAAGGCGAGCAGCGGCGGUGCUGGAGGCAUCUAUAAUGGCACCACCAAUGGCGGAGCCGACUUAUCCAACAAUGGUAAACCUUGCGAAUCGUGCGGGACAACUAAAUCAUCACACUGGAAUUCGUUUAGUAAUGGUCAUCUACCAUGUCGCCUGUGUCAGAGUUGUUGGGACUAUUGGCGAAAGUACGGCAGUAUGAAAUCGGCGCAUAAGGGCGAUGCUAACGAUGGUGAGGCUAAGAAAAAGGCUGCCAUUGCAGCGACUCCAGCUGCAGCGCUAGCUGCCACAGGCGCCACAACAGUAGUCGAUCUUAACGAAGAUGAAAAAGUUAGUGAUCUUAGCAAUCGUCAAUUGCACAGGUGUUCCAUUGUCAACUGCGGGAAAGAGUUUAAGCUGAAGACCCACCUGGCCCGGCAUUACGCGCAAGCGCAUGGCAUUGCCAUCAGUUCGGGUUCGCCGCGGCCCAUUAUGAAGACGCGCACUGCCUUCUAUUUGCACACGAAUCCCAUGACGCGUGUGGCACGCAUUGUUUGUCGAAACAUUGUGAAACCCAAGAAAGCGGCGCGACAGAGUGCAUACGCAAUCAAUGCGCUGUUGGUCAAGCAAGAAUUUACAAAUCGUAUUAACGGCAAAUCACAGGCGGAUAUCAAAAAGAUGCUUUUGCUCAAACCUAAGGAACGUGGCAGUGUCACAAAAAUUGCCAAUCGUUUGGGCGCACCUGGCAGCGGUCCACAUGAAUGGCUGGUGCUGACGCCCAAAGAUAAAAUGCCACAGCCCAUUGUUGUUUCAUUCCCCAAGCCGCCCAAAGCGCCAGACGGCAGUUUACUCUACGAGCGUGUGCCCAAUAAAACGCCCGAUGUGGUCGCCGUCCCAGUUGCGGCUGACAAAGAACUAACUAUAAUUCCAGCGCAAGCAACGUCUACGAUACGCAAGCGUGCGCACGAGGAACAGCAACUCAAUGGCACCGAAGUGACUAUUGUGCCCAGUGGACCGCCUGCCAAACGCCCUAAUAAGGAUCCUAUGCCCUCGCAUUGCCCCAGUCCGGAGCAGUUUGCCGCGAUGAUGGCGGCAGCGGGUCAACCACUCUCCAGACAUCAACUCAAUGGCAAGCAAAAGAUUGCGCAAAUGGCACGUGGCGGCAAUGGACGCAAGCAGGUCAUAAGUUGGAUGGAUGCACCGGACGAUGUUUACUUUAGAGCGACAGAUGUACACAAAAAAACACGAAAAAUACUCUCAGCUGUGGAUCUGCGUCGUGCGGCGCGCAAACCAUGGCGCUCACUGCCUAUCAAGUCAAUGGCCCCCGAGCCGAGCAGCAAACCAAUUGAAUCACAAAUCGUUAUACUGGACUGACCGUCUACGGCAGAUACAACAGCAUCAGCAGCAAAAACAGCGACAAAGUUGCUGUCAUAUUCAGCCAACAGAUUCGAACAGCAACAGCAGCAUCCGCCAUUUCCAUAUACAAUGGAUGCAUUGCUAAACUAGUGUGACCCAGAUUCUGUCUUUUAGUGGCUUGCCAUGUACAUACAUACAUACAUCCCCUGCAUGCAUACAAACAAAAUACAUACAGACCCGCAUACAUAUACAUACAUCUAGUGUAGGCAACUGUUGCAGCAUCCACUAUACAUAUGAAGUUGGAAACCAUUUCACUAACAGAAAACCAACAACUGACAGCAACAAGAAAAACCACUUUACUAGCGCUUAAAUAGAUGUCUUUUUAAAAACAAAACAAAACAAAAGAAAUAGUAAGAUAAUAAGUGUUAAGAUCUAAAGCAAUAGGAAACACAACGCGAAACAAAUCAAAUAUUUAUUCAUAAUUUACAUAAUUUUUACAAUCUUUAUUUAAAUCUCAGUAUACCGUACACAAAAAAUUAACUUCACUGCAAUUUUGGACAUGUAUGAGAAACUCAAGGAAUAAUAAGUUCAUUGUUUCUAUAUUAGUUUAUGUUAUGUAAGGCAUUUUUUAAUAAUUCUUAAUUAUUAUUAUUUUUAUUGCAUUGUCUAAUUUUCAUAAGCAUACAUUUGUACAUGUGCAUGGUGUGUACACAAUGUAUGUCAUUUUUAUUUUAAUUUGUCUAAACUAUUGUAUUUGCUACCAUGCGCUUUCAGGUUCAAAAAAAAAAAUCUUUUUUUUUUUUUUUAAAUUUUGUUGAGCAAAUGUUUGUUGCAUACUAGCUAAAAACCAGAUACGUAAAUUUGACAUUCAAAGGCCUCUGUAAUUUUGAAAUAUAUUUCAUUUAAAAUUUGAAUAUGCAAAUAAUAGACGAAAGAUAUUUGAAAAUUGAUUUAAUGCUUUAAGUAUAAAAACAAAAAUUGGAAACUAACCUUGUUAACAAAUGUGACGUGCAAGAUUAUUUAAAAAAUUAAUUAUAUGCUGUAACUUAAAGCGAAAAACUACCAACAAAUUGUACAGUAAUUGGGAUAAUGUUUAUAACUUCGAAUACAAUUUAUUUUCAUAAUUUAUAUACAAAUUGAAAAUGAACACUUUCAAAACGAUAAAAAAUAGACAACACACAACACGAACACAAAUAUAGCAUAUUAUUUACGCCUAAAAAUACAUAAAUAAUAAAUCAAAACCACAUUAUAUACAUUUAUAAAUGUAUUGAGCAUAAAUGAUACCAUAACAAACAAUUUGGCAAAUGACAAGUAAAAUCUAAAAGUAGAUCAGCAUUAAAAAAAAGAAACGAAAAAAAAUGAAAAAAUGAGCAACCACAUUUAUAAAUAUAUUGAUUAUAAAGAAAUUCUAAUUGUAAGCCAA